GCGCCCGCCCGCCCAGGACGCACCGGCGCAGCCGGAGCCCCUCCGCCGCCGCCAGGGCCCGGGGGAGCAGCCGGGCUGCCGCUGGCCAUGGUGGCCCGCCCGCCGCCGGCGGGGCAGGAGCAGGCGCGGCGGCGGCGGCCGCCAUUGCGCGCGGGGGCCGCGGGACUAUGAAGGAUGGAAGCGGACGAGGUGACGAUCCGGGAGCAGAAUUUCCACAGCCAAGUGCGGGAGUACACGAUCUGUUUUCUCCUGUUUGCUGUUCUCUACAUAGUUUCCUACUUCAUAAUCACAAGAUACAAAAGGAAAGCAGAUGAACAAGAGGAUGAAGAUGCCAUUGUUAACAGAAUAUCGCUAUUCUUGAGCACCUUCACUCUAGCAGUUUCAGCUGGUGCAGUCCUGCUUCUACCUUUCUCAAUAAUCAGCAAUGAGAUCCUGCUUUCUUUUCCACAAAACUACUAUAUUCAGUGGUUAAAUGGCUCACUAAUUCAUGGUUUGUGGAAUCUUGCUUCUCUUUUUUCAAAUCUAUGUUUGUUUGUGUUGAUGCCCUUUGCGUUUUUCUUCCUGGAAUCAGAAGGAUUUGCUGGCUUAAAAAAGGGCAUCAGAGCACGUAUUUUGGAAACCCUUGUAAUGCUCAUCCUUCUUGCACUGCUUAUCCUUGGAAUCGUAUGGGUUGCUUCAGCACUUAUAGACAAUGAUGCUGCCAGUAUGGAGUCUUUAUAUGACCUCUGGGAAUUCUACCUCCCAUAUUUAUAUUCCUGUAUAUCACUGAUGGGAUGCUUGUUACUUCUGUUGUGCACGCCAGUGGGACUCUCACGGAUGUUUACAGUUAUGGGUCAGUUGCUGGUGAAGCCGACAAUCCUGGAAGACCUAGAUGAGCAGAUGUACAUCAUCACUUUGGAGGAAGAAGCAAUUCAGAGGAAGCUUAAUGGUGUAUCUUCCACAGUGGAAUACCAGACAGUAGAGUUGGAACGGGAGCUUGAAAAAGUGAAAAGCAAGAAAACAAAUCUAGAAAGGAGGAAAAAAGCUUCUGCUUGGGAAAGGAAUUUAGUCUAUCCAGCUGUCAUGAUAUUGCUACUGAUUGAGACGUCCAUCUCAGUUCUCUUGGUUGCUCUCAACAUUCUUUACCUGUUGGUGGAUGAGACUGCAAUGCCAAAGGGAUCAGGGGGGCCUGGAAUAGGAAAUGCCUCCCUAUCCACCUUUGGCUUUGUGGGAGCAGCACUUGAAAUCAUUUUGAUUUUCUAUCUCAUGGUAUCCUCUGUUGUCGGCUUCUACAGUCUUCGUUUUUUUGAAAAUUUCACUCCCAGGAAGGAUGACACAACUAUGACAAAGAUCAUCGGGAACUGUGUCUCAAUCUUGGUGCUGAGCUCUGCUUUGCCAGUGAUGUCAAGGACACUGGGAAUCACCAGAUUUGAUCUGCUUGGAGACUUUGGAAGGUUCAACUGGCUGGGGAACUUCUAUAUUGUAUUAUCUUACAACUUGCUCUUUGCUAUCAUGACAACGUUGUGUCUGGUCAGAAAGUUCACUUCUGCUGUGCGAGAAGAGCUCCUGAAGGCAUUAGGAUUAGAUAAACUUCAUCUAUCAAACAAUCCAAGAGACUCGGAAACAAAGCCGUCCGCAAAUGGCCAUCAGAAAUCACUGUGAUAACAAUCACCUGCAAUCAACAGAGCUGAAAACAUCAACCUCAUGGCAUUCCCGUCAUCUCAUCAGCAUUUUUAGAUUGCUUUUGUUGUUAGUUUGGGUCCAGCCUUGUCUCAUUUUUGAUGCUCUGUGCUUCUGAGGAAGUUAGGUGUGUCACAUUCUUCUCUUUCCAGUGAACUUUUGGUCUGCUUGUUUAUUUCCCAGUAAGUUAAUGCAGGAGGUGCCUUGAAGACUGGAAACUGAAGAGAAUAACACAUUCCUUUUUAUUUGUUGAAAGUCUCACAUCUUUAUUUUUAAACUUGUUACCAUUUUGAAUGCACAGUACCUCCUGUGUUACACAAACACAGCUAUAAAGAAUAACUUUGGGACUUGGUUAAAAAAAAAAAAAAGAAGAAAAGAUACACUUGAAGCCCAAUAUGACCCUUACUGGAAAUGUAAAGUACCUGGAGUAGGCAUCCUUGACAGGAGACAAACAGUUUUACAAGAGUGUGUUAAAAACAGCAGUAACUAGUGGACAUCCCAGUUCCCCUGUGCUGCAUACACACAGGCUGUGUCACGAUACUUUCUUGGAAGGCCAGUGUUUUCAGCUAUCUGUCCUUAGCUCUAAAUGCCAGGUUGCUUUACUGGUGGUCAAACAAUGUCUUAUUGAAGUCCACAUGAAGACUACCUUCAGUGUUAAAUCUGAGCCUAGUAUGCUUUGUAAAAAGCUGUGUAGACCCCCUGUCACAGCUCUUACAGUUCUGUGAGCUACUGUGCUGUGGAGGUCCUUUACCCUUCCCAGUACCCCCCUGUAAAAUUCUUGAUGAACUACUGUGUGUAAGCAGUACUUGUAAUCAAUGCAAGGAGCACAGGCCUAGGAGGCUGCAGUUGCAGUUUUCUACAGUCUUUAAUUUGAAGUAAAUUUCUCUGAAUUUGUACUCCAGUUACCAGGAUUUCUGUUCGGUGGCACAGUUCAGUGUCUGUCACUAGCCUGUUUUUUUAAUGUACACAUGAAGAUGUAUAUAGGCCUAUAUGUAUAGAUAUCGUAAAUUAAGAUUAUAGAGAUGACAUAGGUGGUUUGAUAAGUAAAACUUGUGUGUUCAAUCUUGGUAGUUUGAAUUUCUGCAGUGUUACAGUUUAACUGCUCAGAGGCCUUAGAUUCAGGAUGGCAUUGGUGGGUGGUAACAUCCUUUUUCAUAGCAUUACUGCAGCCUUGGGAAUCCUGUAAGCAGUUUACAGUAAAGAAAAAAACCAAGUAAGUAUUCAAAAUCUGGUUGCAUUUUUGUCCUGCUUGACCACAAGUAAUCUUCAAACAGAUUGGAAUGGGGACAUCAUGUAGGGAGCCAGAAAAUGUUCCUGUUUAUUUCCCAUUUCUAUAAAACAACUGUGUCAGUCUGUCUGUAGUUUGGGGUUUUAUAUGUGAUCAAUUGGGGACAACUUGCUCUCCAGUGUGGUUCCGAAAUAAGGUAAACCUUGUGUAAGAAACUCUUUGGCUGUUCUCCUGAGAUGACUGCUCUGGGCUGUCGCCCUUAUUGCUGUCUGUGUGAAUGUCUGCUUGGUUUUUUCCCUAAAGUGCUUAAAAAAUCAAGCUCUAGUACACACGAGGAUUUCUCUCCUUUUUUUUUUUUUUUUUUUUUUUUAAAGCUGCCUUUUCUGACUUGAACUGGGGCAUAAUGUAAAUAUUGCUGUAGUAAAUAUGAUGAUAGAGAGUUACUUUUUUGUGUGUGUGAUUGGUAUAAAUUCAAGGCUUAUUGAACUGACUAUUGAUGUGUUGUACCAAGUCUUGGAAGACAAAGUAAAAUUGCUUGAGUUCACUAAGAUUUACAAGCA